AUGUUAGAUGGUACCAUAUCUCAGACUGGUCGCAUCUGGCACCAGGUUCACCUCACCGUCUCGGCCAAUGGCCAUACCCACUCCAUCCCAUUUCUUGUUUGCCCCAUUGGCAACACCCCGGCAAUUCUAGGCAUGACAUGGCUAACGGAGGAAGCUCCUCUUAUUGAUUGGCAACAGGGACUAGUCACAUUCCCUGAACAAGCUCAAAUUGCCUCCGAGGAAGAAGCGGACUCAGACCCUUUGGCAGACCUCCCCCUUCAGUACCAUGAGUUUGCUAAAGUGUUUGGCGAAGAAGAGUUUAAGGUCCUCCCUCCACAUAGGGAGUAUGACAUCUCCAUUGACCUUAUCCCAGAUGCCAAGCUGACUCCUGGGCCUAUAUAUGGCAUGACCGAUGCAGAAUCUAAGGCGCUUAAACAACACAUUGAUGAGGAGUUGGCAACGGGCAAGAUCCGCCCCAGUACUUCCUCAGCAGGCGCCCCAGUCAUGUUUGUCAAGAAAGCGGAUGGGUCCUUACGUUUGGUAGUAGAUUAUAGGAAGCUGAAUGAGGUCACCCACAAGAACGUUUACCCCCUUCCCAGACAAGAUGAUCUUAUGGCCAAAUUACGGAACGCCAAGCUGUUCACAAAGCUGGAUCUUUGA